GAGUGUGUGUGUGUGUGUGUGUGAGAGAGUGAGAAAGUGUGAGAGGAAGUUCGAGUUGUGUGUUAAUAAACUCUGUAGUGUGUGUGUGUGUGUGUGUGUGUGUGUCAGUAUGAGGCGGAGAGAGAAGCGGUUACUGCAGGUUGUGUUUCUGCUGAUCGCCGCGCUGCUCUUCCUCCACAGCGGCGCCCUGAGGAACACCGGGGACCCCGCGGACACACAGAGAGUACCCAGAAAGCUGAAACCUGUAGACAGCGUGAACAGCCAGAGGAGGAUAGACUGGCACAACUAUGAAGCUAUAAGGAGAGAUGCAGCACAAACAGGAAACGGAGAGCAGGGUAAAGCGUUCCCGCUGACUGACGCUGACCAAGUGGAUCAGGCGUACCGAGAGAACGGCUUUAACAUUUACGUCAGUGACAGAAUCUCCCUCAACAGAUCACUGCCUGACAUCCGACACCCAAACUGUAAACACAAGCAGUAUUUGGAGAGUCUCCCCAACACUAGCAUAAUUAUUCCGUUCCAUAACGAGGGCUGGAGCUCGUUACUGCGCACCGUGCACAGCGUCCUGAACCGCUCGCCCCCGCAGCUCAUCCAUGAGAUCAUCCUCGUAGACGACUUCAGCGACCGAGAGCACCUGAAGGCGCCGCUGGAGAAGUACAUGUCGCGGCUGCAGAAGGUCCGUGUGGUUCGAGCUCAGAAGCGCGAGGGUCUGAUCCGGACCAGGCUGCUGGGGGCGUCGCUCGCUACGGGACAGGUCAUCACCUUCCUCGACUCGCACUGUGAGGCUAACGUCAAUUGGCUGCCCCCGCUGCUGGACCGGAUCGCUCAGAACCGUAAGACGAUCGUGUGCCCGAUGAUUGACGUGAUCGAUCACGAUAACUUCGGCUACGAGACUCAGGCAGGAGACGCCAUGAGGGGGGCGUUCGACUGGGAGAUGUUCUACAAGCGCAUCCCCAUCCCCCCCGCGCUACAGAGCGCCGACCCCAGCCAGCCGUUCGAGUCUCCAGUGAUGGCCGGUGGUCUGUUCGCAGUAGACAGGAAGUGGUUUUGGGAAAUAGGAGGAUACGAUACAGGACUGGAGAUCUGGGGGGGCGAGCAGUACGAGAUUUCUUUUAAGGUGUGGAUGUGUGGAGGUCGUAUGGAGGACAUUCCCUGCUCUCGGGUCGGCCAUAUUUACAGGAAGUACGUCCCCUACAAAGUGCCUGGAGGAGUGAGUCUAGCAAGGAACCUGAAGCGAGUGGCCGAGGUGUGGAUGGACGAGUACGCGGAGUUCAUUUAUCAGCGGCGGCCGGACUAUCGCCCCCUGUCUGUGGGAGAUGUGAGUGCGCAGAAGGAGCUCCGCCUCCGACUCGGCUGUAAGAGCUUCCGGUGGUUCAUGACCGAGGUGGCCUGGGACUUGGAGCACUACUACCCUGCUGUGGAGCCCCCUGCUGGUGCCUGGGGGGAGCUGCGUAACGUUGGCAGUGGGCUGUGUGUUGAGACUAAACACUUGUCGUCCGGAUCUCCCCUCAGACUGGAGCGGUGUGUGAAAGGUCGCGGGGACGCGCAGUGGAAUCACGCACAGGUGUUUACAUUCGGGUGGAGGGAGGACGUCAGGCUCGGUGAUCCUCUACACACUAAGAAAGUGUGUUUCGACGCUGUUUCACACAGCAGCCCCGUCACACUGUACGACUGUCACGGCAUGAAGGGCAACCAGCUGUGGAGAUACAGGAAGGACCUCACCCUGUUCCACCCGGUCAGUAACAGCUGUAUGGACAGCGACUCCGCGGGGAAUCGUGUCUUCAUGAGCUCGUGUGACGCGACGUCUCCGAGUCAGCAGUGGAGGUUCGAGAACGUCAACAUGACGGUUCUGGAACGGUUUAACAGGAACCUGCCUGCGCUGUGAGAACCUCAGCUUUACAACAUCUGCAGGUGAAACAGCUGUGGGCCGGUUUGAGACAGAGGCGGGGUUUAGGAUGUGGGUGGAGCUAACAAACUCUAGAAGAAGAUUUAUGGAUAUUUUAUAACAUCUGGAUCUUCAGGAUCGGGAUUUAAUAAUCUGGAUCAGUCCGUGUGUGAAUGUUCUUAUGCAGAUGUUUACAAGAGAGAGGUUUCUCCUUCCCGAGUCGUGUGUGUGUGUGUGUGUGUGUGUGUGUCAGGUAGUGUCAGUGUCGGGGUGUGUAAACUUGCAAGCUGUUAAACCUGAAGCUGAACUAAGUGCCUUGCUGGAAUGUUAAAGCCUGCGUGUGCUGUGCAACGGAGAGAGAAGGACACCGUCCCCUGGAUGCCCCCCUAAAUGCCCCCCUGGAUGCCCCCCUGAAUGCCCCCCUGAAUGCCCCCCUGAAUGCUCCUCUGAAUGCCCCCCUGUGCUCUGAACCCUCCCCCUGAUCCCUAGUCUUACUGAGCUGCUCAUUCUCUAGGGCACUUUUUUUACUUUUGCACUCUGAGGGUCAGAAAUAAAAGGUGAGCUUGUGUUCCCCUGCUGUACUCGAGCCCUGAGCUCUGGGGGGCUGAUGAACGCACGCGGUGGGAGGAGCUUCGCCUCUUCUUAAACAUACAGAAAGGAUUCGGACUUUACAGGUGAAACACACUGCCAUUAGAACUGCAACACAAAUCUCAUCUGCCAUGUGACCAGCUGAUGUUCUGAGCUUUUUUUACUGUGUGUGUGUGUGUGUGUGUGUGUGUGUGUGUGGUCUGUAAAAGGUAUGUAGUGAUAUGUUAUGCUCUGUAGCAACACGAUGUGUGUGAUGAGAACAGAUCACAUGACCCCAUCACUAAAUUUUAUGCAGAAUUACUCCUAGUCACAGACAGGCUAAUAAGACACGCCCUCUCUGAAGGACACGCCCUACACACACCCCACACACCCUACACACACCCUACAUACAUCCUUCACACUCCACACCUUACACACACACUCCACAUACCAUAUACACACGCUACACAAUCCACACACCUUGCACAAAUCCUUCAGCAGUGUAAACUUUUGAAGUUUUCUUUGGGAUCAGUAAAAUAUCUUUCUGUCUGUCACACACUGUGGACCCCAGUCCUGUAUCCCAAAUGGAAGUCUGUGUCUCUGUGUGUGUGUGUGUGUGUGUGUGUGUGUGUAUGACGAUGCAUAUUUGCACUUUCCAGUAUAUUUCAUUUUUUCUUUAUUUCUGUCUGUUAUUAAGAGUUUAUUAGAUCAUAUUUCUACUUUAUUAAUCACUGGAGUUUGUUCGGUUGAAAUCUGUCUGAAAUGUACAAUUCAAAAAAUUUUUAUAGAAUCAAGUUAAAAUUGAUCACAUGAGAUGAAAUAAUUGUUUAAUGUAGUCGCUGGACCCAAAGUUGGGUUUCUUCCCAGGCGCUGUGACUCCAGUGAUUCACUCUGUGAAUUUAAUGAAUGAACAAUUUGAUAAAAUUCUAUUUUAUAUAUUUCUAUUUUCUUGUCAGAUGAUUUUUAAAGCCAGCAGAAAUGUAGGAGGAUCUGAAGCGAAAGUGUGGAGUGAAUCCCAGAGCAAACUGUAUUUUUCUAACUGAAAUGCAAAUUUAUUUCUGUAUUGAAUAAAAAAAUAAUAAUUAAAGCAUUUGAGUAAAAUAAUUAUACAAUAAAUGUUUUUUAUCUGU